AUGGCCUCUCCCCCGUUUGGCCUGCCACUGGGCUUCGGCACAUUCUGGUCGAGCGUCUGGACAGUCGUGACAGCAUGGCCCGCCUACCAGCUCCUCAAGGCCCUCUACAACAUCUCGCCUCUGCACCCGCUUCACCAUGUGCCGGGCCCUAUGCUGGCAGCAGCGACCUACCUGCCCGAGUUCUACCAUGAUGUCUACCUCGGAGGCCGCUACACGCACGCCAUCCAGAAGAUGCACAGCACGUACGGCCCCAUUGUCCGCGUGAACCCUCACGAGGUGCACUGCAACGACAUGGACUUUGCCGACGAGAUCUAUGCCUCUGGCGGCCGGAAGCGGGACAAGCCCAUGCACCUGAUCAACGGUUCGUCGGGAGGCAACGGCAACACGUUUGGCACGGCCGACCACGACCUCCACCGCAUUCGCCGCGUGCCGGUUGCAAAGUUCUUUAGCGUCGCCAUGAUCUCGCAGCUCGAGAACGAGGUCCACGCGCUCGCCAACAAGCUGUGCGACAAGCUGCUCGCCGAGCGGACAAAGGCAGGGCCGGCCAGGCAACCCGUCGACGUGGCGGCCGCGUACAGCUUGUUCACAACCGAUGCCAUCUCGAGCUACAGCUUCGGCGAGCCCUUCGGCCUGCUCGACCAGCCGGGCUGGACGCCCAACUUCCGCGACGCCACCCUCGCCAUGCUCAAGCCCACCAACCUGUUCCGCUUCUUUCCCUUCCUCCUGCCCCUCACCAACAGCGCCGUCCUGUUCGUCGACUACCUGCCCGCCGACAUGGCCCUGCUGAUCCGCGCCAUGCGCAUCACGAUCCCAGGCCACGUCAACAAGACCAAGGCCGACCUCGACGCGGGGAUCCGCUACCACCGGCCCACGGUCUUUGGGUCCCUGCUGGAAUCGGAGCUGCCCGAGGCCGAGAAGGAGCCGGCCCGGCUGGCGUUCGAGGCCAACGCCAUCGUCGGCGCCGGGACCGAGACGACCAGCUGGGCGCUGAGCGUCAUCACCUUCCACCUGCUCGACAAGCCCGCCAUCCUGGCGAGGCUGACCGAGGAGCUCCAGGCCGCCGUCCCGGACCCGACCAAGCUGCCGCGGUGGGCGACGCUCGAGGCCCUGCCCUACCUCGGCGCCGUCAUCCAGGAAGGCCAGCGGCUGUCCUACGGCGUCUCGGCCCGGAGCUCCAGGGUGGCCACGCAGGAAGACCUUGUCUACCGCGGCGAGUGGGCCAAGAAGCCCGUCGAGAUUGCCAUCCCGCGCGGCUACGCCGUGGGCAUGUCCGCGGCCAUCGCCCACCACGACGAGGCGCUCUACCCGGACAGCCACUCGUUCGUCCCCGAGCGCUGGCUCCUGGGCGGCGACGGCCAGACGACGAGGAACCGCGAGCUGGAGAGGGGCCUGCUCAAUUUCUCCAAGGGCAGCCGGGCGUGCCUGGGCAAGAAUCUGGCCAUGUGCGAGCUGCACCUCGCCCUCGCGGCCGUCGUGCUCCGCGUCAUGCCGUAUAUGAAGCUUUACGAGACUACGGUGGCGGAUGUGGCGUACGAUCACGACAUGUUUAUUCCUGUUGUCAAGGAAGGGAGCAAGGGCGUUCGCGUGACUAUUGAACACGGGUGGGAGAAAAGGCAACUAAUACAGUAUGUGUGUAUCUGCCACCUACCUUCUGACGGGGUUCAACAUGAUCUGUUGAUUCUCUUAUUCCAUCACUUGAUUGAACGACCCGUUAUCGAAAAACAGAGAAAAAUGGCGACGGUAGCAGGGUGGAAUCCGGACGUCGACCCGGGCAAUCGCAUCAUCCAGCCCACUGGACUUCCCCUCGGCGUCAUCACCACGGCCAGCGUCAUGGCCGUGCUGACCACGAUAUUCACAGCGACGAGGACGCACGUGCGGAUAGUGGAUAGGGUGUUUGGGUGGGACGACGGCUUGAUGGUCGCGGGCUAUGUCACCUACAUGGGCAGCGUCAUCGUCGGCAUCUGGGCGAAUCUCAUCGGCAUUGGCACCUUGGACGUGGACUUGAACCAGUGGCAGUUUGAGGAGUCCAAGAAGAUGCACACGGCGUGGCUGCUCGUCUACUUCUUCCCCAUGACGCUAGUCAAGGCGUCCAUCUGCGUGACGCUGCUGCGCAUCACGGGCGGCUCCAAGCGCAGCCUGGCGCUGACCGUCUGGGUCCUGCUGGCCAUCACCAUGGUCUCGUUCGUCGCCGCCUUUGUCGGCACCCUGCUGCAGUGCCAGCCCAUCGAGGCGCUCUGGAGGCCGCAGCUGGUGCUUGAGGGCAGCGCCUACUGCGCGCCCAUUGAGAUCUUUGUGGCGCUGGGCUACAUCUCGACCGUGUGCACCAUCAUCACCGACGCGGCGCUGGUCCUCAUCCCGGCCCUGGUGCUGUGGAAGGCCCAGAUGCAGUUCCAGGCCAAGCUGCAGGUCUUCACCAUGCUGUCGGUCGGGUCGUGCGCCUCCAUCAUCACCGUGGUCCGGAUCCCCUACGUGCAGCGGUACAGCAACCCGGCGGACCAGCACUACUACAUUGCCGUCGUCGUGCUGUGCUCGCUCGUGGAAACUGGCAUCGGCUGCGUCGCCGCGUCGUUCCCCUCGCUCCGUCGGCUGGUCCUGCGCACCUGGUACGGCCAGGCGGCGUCCUCGGAGAACAUGGACAUCAACAACAACAACAUUCAAGACCGGAACCUGGGGCUCAUCACUUUUGGCAGCAAGCAGCCUGGCCCCCCUCUAGAUCACCAUGGCCGCUUCAGAAACCCAACCGACAAGGGCAUCAACCUGGCGACCGUGACGCAGGCCGUCAAGAGCCGGGACCGCGACGGUGGCGACGACCGGAGCGGCUGGACGAGGCUGCAGGAUGGAGAUGACUACUCCUCCUCUGACAAGGGCGAGUUGCUGAAACAAGAUGGAUGGGGUGGGCAGGGCAUACGGGCCGAGUACAGCUAUCAGGUCGAGAUAGAGCCUGCGCCGGUAGAACGAGACUCGGAUGGGCCACAUCGGCGAUGA